AUGAACGGUGUCAUCGAGGCGCUGCACAUUUACGACGAGCACAACACUCUAGUCCUCUCGCAUACAUACACAUCGCGCCCGCUCGCAGCGAACUACCUGCUACCCCUCUACCUCGAACACCCUGUACCACGGCCGAACCUCAUCUAUCUCCCCAACACAAACCCGCCGACCCUCGUCUUCAGCCUUACUCACGCAAACCUCCUCUUUCUCGUGACCACGUCUUCCGAGAUCGAGCCGCUCCUCGUGCUGGAGUUCCUGCACCGGGUCGUCGAUGCCUUUGAGGAGUUCCUGGGGGCGCCCCUGCUGGCCCACAAGAUCGAGAGCAACUACGAUGUCGCCGCCCAGCUCCUGACCGAGAUGUGCGAUGCGGGCACCAUCAGCACCACCGAGCCCAACGCUUUGAGGGACUUGGUCGAAGUGGAGGGUUUCAUGGACAAGCUCUUGGGAAAUCUCAACCUGCCUACAAAACCCAAUCUCAGCGGUUCCACCUCAUCGCCAUCACAUUCAUCCUCCCUACUCCACCUGCAGAACAACACGCCCGCGCUGCCCUGGCGGCGGGCCAACGUGCGGCACACGUCCAACGAGCUGUACGCCGACGUGGUGGAGACGCUGUCGGUGACGUUGGCCCCCUCCGGGCGCCCCCUCGCGGCCUUGGCCUCGGGAACUAUCGCCUUCACCUCUAAGGUCUCGGGCGUGCCCGACAUCCUGGUCACGCUCACGGGGCCCUCGGGCAAGCACAACCUGCGCAACGUCCUCGACCUACCCGUUUUUCAUCCUUGCGUCCGCCUUGCCCGCUGGAGGGAGCAGCCCGGUUUGCUGAGCUUCGUGCCGCCGGAUGGAAGAUUUACGCUAGCCGGCUACGAGGUCGAUCUGAUGCCUCUUGGUGGGCCGCUUGGCGGGGAGGGGGUUGGUAGUAGUAGUGGGAGCGCGCUGACGGCAGCCAGCCAGCAGCUGAAGCUACCUGUGAGUUUGGAGGUUAAGACGGGGCUUGGGCCGGCCGGGUCAGAUUUUGAGGUCAGGGCGCAGGUGAACAGGGUGUUUGGGUCGACGGGGAGCACACAGCCCGCCGGGCGGGGAUUGGGAUUGGCCGGGAGUGGAGGAGGUGGAGGCGGGCCGGGUGCGACGACGGCGUCGCCAUCGCUCUACGAUUUGAAGGUCUCUGUCCCGCUGCCGGCCGACGUGCGGAACCUGUCUGAGAUCAAGCCAAGCAAGGGUGAUGCCACCUACAAUCCCGGCGACCGGGCGCUCGAGUGGUCCAUUUCGAACAAGGACCUAGCCCAGGGCAUAACCUCUUUUGUCUUGCGCUGCACCGUGGUCGGGCACGUGGCUGAGGACGAGGACGACGACUCAGACCCGACCGGUUUCGGAUUCAACGCGGGGCACCACCACAGUGCCUACUCUUACGAUGAUGAGCCGUACCAGAGCUCUGCCGCGCUAGCGAAACAGGAGACAGGGGCGGCAGCGACGGACACGGGAGGGGCAGACAAGGAUGAGCGCAAGACGGCGCAGAAUAGGAUUCUGAUGCCAAGCUCGGCCUCGGUUAGUUUCGCCGUCAAGGGCUGGCUGGCGAGCGGGAUCAGGGUGGAGAGCAUUGUUGUUGACCCCAGAAAGAGUCGAGGCUUGGCUGAGCAUGUGAAGCCAUACAAGGGGGUGAAGUACCUGACGGUGAGUAAUGGCGGCGUCGAGAUUAGGUGCUAA